GCAGCAGAGACGUCCAGGGGCCCCAGGAUCAUGUCGGACCCCACAGUCACCGCCUUCCUGACCAAGGUUCUGUGCAAACAUGGGGGGCGGCUGCCCAAGAAUGAGCUCUCUGAGUUCCUGCACCUUUCCACCAAACAGAUAGAACAAAUCCUGCAGGAUGAACCCCAAAAGUUCCUUCAGGUUGGGGACCUGGUCCUGGCCCGAAGCCCCGUGAGGACCUGCACCAAAUAUCUGAAGAAUGAGGAAAAAGAGGAGUGCGACAAACUACACCUGUGCCAAGACUACCUGCGGGGCAAGUGCAAGAGGCCCCGGUGCCCGUUCUCCCAUGAUAUUUUCUCAGAUCAGAACCAGAAGGUCUUGAAGGCCAAUGAGAUCAGUGGACUGAAUGAGGAUGAGAUAAAGGUUCUCCUGCUCCAGAACGACAACCAACUGCUGCCGGGGGUUUGUUGGAAGUAUCACCGUGACUCAUGUAAUCGCGGGGAGGAUUGUUGGCAGCUUCACAUUUGCAGAUUUUUCAUACUGGGAGAAUGUAACCGUCGCGCCUGUAAACGUUCUCACCUCCUCCUGGAGUUCGGUUCUGAUCUCUUACUCACUCACCAUCGUAUACCUGAGGAGACUAUUGAGAACUUUCAGAUGAUCUGUACGGCGAAACAUGAUGAACGUGUCCAGACACUAAGGUCAAAGGGCAAGAAGGACCAGGAGAAGGGGCAGCCUGGAGCCCAGAAAAGAAGAAGAGGAGGAAGAGGAGGAAGAGGUAGACCCCGAGACAGAAAGAAGGUGGAUCCUCAGGAUGGGGCACAAAGCCAGAGUCAAGGACCACAAGAAGGAAGAGGAGGGUUCCAUUCCCAGGGGAGGUCGGACAGCCGUCCAGAGCCGGAGAGUGGGGAGAGUCAUCAUUAUUGUUCUGGAGAAGAAGAAGAAGAUGAUAGUGAGGAAGCUCUGAGAAAUCGGAUACUGAAUGAUUGGUUUAAUUCUCCCCCGGAAAAGUCCAGUGAUCGAGGGGCUUCAUUGCCCAAAAUAUCGGCAAGAUGGUCUUCAUCUGACCAGCGAAAGAUGCCAUCAGAAACACGUCACUCAACCCUAACUGUAUACAGAUCCAACUUGGAGGAUUCUAUGGACAACCUCCAAUUUACUUUGCCAGUGACUUCUACUCAGCCAGGACUCCCAUCUGCCCAUAAGCCAAAACCAAUUGCCGUAGGUCCAGUCAAUCCUCCAUCAACAUCUACUUCUGGAACAGGCAAACCAAUUCAUCUUCCUACAAAAGGUCCAUCCAUUGCAGCUUCCGUAAAACUGGUCUCCCCCACAGUGGUGAACCCAUUAACUGCUCCAGUGCCAUUUACAAGACCAAGCAAAUUGGUAGAUUCUCCUACGAAAAGUCCAUCUUUUCCUCAACAGAAACCGUUGACCCCCACUACAAGUUCAUACAGCGCUCAACCAGUUGUCACCACCAUCAAACCAGUUUCCUACUCAGCAGCAAGUCCUUCCAGUGCUCCAUCAACUUCCUAUGCUAGACUGGUAGAUUCUUCUGCAAAGGGUCAAUCUGUUCAAUGGGUAAAACCAGUCCAACCACAGCCUGCAACUGCACCCUCUUCUGCGGAGUCGAACAAAGUCCCGGAGAUCUGUCUUUCUAAUCUUUGGAAAUACUGCAAUUUAGGAGGGCGUUGCCCGGACAUGCAUUACUACCUGCCGUACCGUUGGCAGAUUUACAAAGGAACCGACUGGGAAGAUGUCUCCAAUAUGGAUGAGAUUGAAAAAAGCUACUGCGACCCAUCCGCUGACAGGAUUGGAUCGAUUGACUUUGUGACUAUGAGGUCCGGCGUGCACCCCGUUCGUCGUCUCUCCACCGUCUCGUCGGUCACGAAGCCCCCCGGAUAUGUCCUGACCACCGAGUGGCUGUGGUACUGGAAGGAUGAGAAUGACAUUUGGAUACAAUAUGGCCAUUCUGAUAUGAAACAAGUGAUCUCCUCCAUAUUGUCUACAGACCUGGAGAACAUCUAUCUCUCCGAUCCCAUCGCCGUCCAUAGCGUCACUGGAGGCAUCAACAGCUACCAGAUCGACUUCCCAGAAAUGAAGCAGAAGAACGUUCUGUACAAGACGGAGAAAAACGUGCGCAGGAGACCGAAAUAUCGCAGCUGUGAGAAUGUGAAGUCACUGAGGGGAAGUACAAAAUCACCAACACCUCAGCCCCCCCCGGCAGCAGCCGUGUCCCCCCUGAAGACAGCACCCCCCCCCCUGAAGACAGCGCCGCCCCCCCUGAAGACAGCGCCGCCCCCCCUGAAGACUGAUAUCUACCCAAGUACAUGGGACGCAUCGGCCCUGCCGGAGAUCGGCUGUCAGAGAAUUCUUAUUCCUGACACGUCCAGGGAGUUCUCAGAAAUUGUCAGCAGCUUCACCAAGACGGUCAGCGGGUACAUGGUGAGGAAGCUGUGGCGUCUCCAGAACCCGUCUCUGUGGCAGGUGUUCCAGAGGCAAAAGGAAGAGAUGAAAAAACUAAAUCAGGGACAAGACGUGAAGGAGUUGCGACUGUUCCAUGGUGCGGUGCCGUCACACGUCCACAUCAUUUACAAUGAGAGUUUUGACUGGCGCAUCUGUGGCUUCCAUGGUCAUGGAUAUGGACAAGGAAAUUACUUUGCCCGAGACGCCUGUUACGCCAACAACUACUCCGUCCCACAACCUGAUGGGAAGCAGUCGAUGUUCGUGGCUCGUGUGCUGGUGGGAGACUAUGUGAAGGGAAACCAACAAAUGACGCAACCACCGCCCAGACCCGGCAUGAACACGCGGUAUUAUGACUCCUGCGUCAACAACAUUCUCAAUCCCGCCAUCUUUGUGGUGUUUAAGAAGCAUCAGGUCUACCCCGAGUAUCUCCUGGAAUACGAAGAACAGAAGAAAUCCUGCGUUAUCUGCUGAACGAGCCCAAAAUGUCUCCUGAAAACUGAUGCAACGAAACAAAAAUGAUGCACUGACCAAUCAGAACGCUGCAUUUUAGGGGAGGGAGUGUUUUUUCACUGAGCUUUGAGUAAACACUACAUGAUCUCCCAAAAUGCAUCACAUCAGAACAUGCCAUACAGGCACUGAGACACCAGGGGGCAGCAGAGAGCAGUAGUAAUAGAAUUAUGAAUGCAGCUCUGGAUGUGACUAGAGUCACAAAACAUUGCAUUCAGUCUCUAGAAUAAGGUUAUAUUGUAGAGAUUUGGUUUUAAAAGAUUUUAAUGUCCUGUACCCUUAAGUAAUAAGGGUUUGUGGGACUAUGCCCCAAGCUAUGCUCUUGUAAUCUUGGGGUACACCCUAGGGAAGCCUAAUGGACCCCUGAACCGCUAGUUAAGGAUUAGUGAUGUCAUCCUACGGGUGUGGUGACAUCAAUUAUUGGGAUAUAAGAACCCUUCAUCUACAUGGGGGGGUAGACCGGACCUGUGGGCCCCUUCAUCUACAUGGGGCAGUAGACAUGGUCUGUGGGCCCCUUCAUCUACAUGGGGUGGUAGACAUGGUCUGUGGGCCCAUUAUCUACAUGGGGUGGUAGACAUGGUCUGUGGGCCCCUUCAUCUACAUGGGGUGGUAGACAUGG